CCCCCGUGCUUACGGGACAUCUUGACCAGGGCUCUGGAAACUCCGAAGCAGGAUUCCUCAGGACAUUAAUUCCCUGAAUGUAGUACCUAGUUAUUCAUUGUUACCGUGUUUGAUUCUUUCCUUUCCUCAAUUCACUCGGCUCUGUUCAGACUGCUGCCGUGACGUGUCGUGUCGCCUGCCCUCCUUCCAUUGUUUACAUCCCUGCCUGUGCCCGACCGAGUUGAGCCUCGAGCCUUAGGCCUUUGCUACUCGCUGAUGCAAGUUGACCGUCGCAGGAGGCGCUUGGUAAUAGGUGGAAUCCUUUGACCUUGGCAAGAUGGAAGGACAGCUCGACGGCACCGCCCAGAGCCAACAGCAGCAUGUAUCGGAACCUCAAGCUAGCCAUGGCACCGGACCUGGCUUUACAAACUCUUCCUCAGACAUCGAAAUCGUUUGUGGUCCUCUCCUCAACUACCAGCGCAUGAGUGAGGAGGGCGCAGACGUCUUCUGGCAUGGUUCCGUCCUCAUUGUUACGAACCCUGGGCAGAAGACGCCUAUGCUCGAGCUACUAUCAUUGGGCGCUUUCGAUCCCUCCUCGAAAGUCAGAGCGUCCGCGAAACAGACAUUCGAGGGCUUGAAGCUCUAUUCUGAUCCAGACAAGACUUUUUGGCGAUUCAGCCUACGGCUGCCCUUGGUCGAAGCCGAAGCAAAAUGGCAAUAUUCUAUACCAAACAUGCGGUUUCUCUCAGAUGUGAGAAAGGAGCCGUCAAGGGAGUUCAUUGUUCCAUCUGCAACCGAGUCGAUGCGUAUAAUGUUUCACUCUUGCAAUGGUUUCUCGGUUGGCACGGAUCUGGAUAUCUGGACAGGACCUGUUCUCUGGAAUGAUGUUCUAAGAAUACAUCAGCAGCGCCCGUUCCAUGUCAUGAUCGGUGGAGGCGACCAGAUCUAUAACGAUGGCGUCAGAGUUGAUGGUCCGUUGAAGCAAUGGACAUCUAUUGGCAACCCAGUUAAGAGGAGGGAGUAUCCGUUUGACGAGCAUUUGAGGAACGAAUGCGAUAACUACUACUUCAACAACUACGUACGCUGGUACAGCACCGAACCUUUCGCGACUGCGAACUCUCAAAUUGCUCAGAUCAACAUAUGGGAUGACCACGACAUCAUUGAUGGCUUCGGCUCUUAUACCGACCAUUUCAUGAAAUGUCCUGUGUUCCGGGGCAUUGGCGGCGUCAGCUUCAAGUAUUAUUGCCUGUUCCAACACCACACUGCUCCGCCUUUGUCCACUUUCACGACUGAUGCACCAUCGACCAUGGAAGCCCGUGCCGACGGCUCUGCUGGUGGAGACCCUCGCCAGCUGAAGAAUACGUAUGUCUAUAAGAGGACUGCGGACGAUCCCAGUUGGAUUGUGGGGAAGCGACCAGGACCAUAUGUCGAGGAGAAAUCGAGGAAUCUGUAUAUGCGUUUGGGAAGGCGUAUUGCGUUCUGUGGCAUUGACGCGCGCACCGAAAGAACGAGAAAGCAAGUCAAUUACCCCGAGACCUACGAUAUGAUUUUCGAACGGUUGUCUUCGGAAUUCAAGGCUGCACGUGGCGAGAUCAAGCAUCUUAUCUUGCUAUUAGGGGUGCCCAUCGCAUACCCUCGACUUGCAUGGCUGGAAAACAUCUUCUCCUCGCCUGUUAUCGCGCCGAUUCGCCUACUCAACAGGCGCUUCGGCUUUGCAGGCGGCUUCUUCAACAGUUUCGACGGCUCCGUCGAUUUGCUCGAUGACUUAGACGAUCAUUACACGGCACGGCACCACAAGCGCGAACGACGUGAACUUGUCAUCCGCCUGCAACGGCUUGCAGAGGAGCACUCCAUCAGGGUGACCAUCCUCAGUGGUGACGUCCAUCUUGCGGCCGUGGGCAGAUUCUAUUCUACUCCCGCUGACAAUAUGGACGCCCUCGAAGACCCUCGUUACAUGGUCAAUAUCAUCUCCUCAGCCAUCACGAACAAACCCCCACCCAAGGCCGUGGCGAAUUUGCUGGCGAGACGGAACAAGGUGCACCACUUGAGGGACGGAAACACCGACGAGACUCUGGUCAAAAUGUUCGACGUGCAACCCGGCGGUCAAGAGAAAGGCGCGGACUGGAACUAUGUUACUAUGCCCAGUCGGAAUUUUGCCUGUAUCACCGAAGUCCCCGACGAUCAUACCGGAAACGACGCGCCAGCCAACGGCGUCAACGGGACCGUGCACAUUAACUCCACUGGCAAGACUGGCAAGGCGCGGCCUCGCGCAGGCAAAGAUGGACACAGUCCGCUUCAUCCAGGCGAGGAAGGCACCGGCACGCAGCACCCUGCAGCCGACGGGAUCAGUAGCGAGGGCCCGUGCAAGGGCGGCUUGAACGUCUCGAUCAGGGUAGAGAUCGAUAAUCAUGAUCGCGAGGGCAAGACAGAGGGAUAUGGGAUGAGCAUUCCGAAACUUGCCCUCGCAUCGAAGGAUCAGGCCGGCACAGUCGGACACCCACAGCUACAUAAUACAACAGCCGCGCCGGAGAAUAUGACUCAGCGUCAUUGAGGUCGCAUUAUGGAUGUUGAAUUUUCGGUAAUUACGCCUCUUCAGGCUGCCCAAAAGAACCCGCUUUGCGUCCUUAUCCUUUGGCUGCUUGAAGAGAAAGAGAAAGCCAGGCAUAUUGUGUCAAAUUAGUGUUUGCUUUCGGUCCUUGGGGUUGGGGAAGAGAAUGGCGCCUGGACUGGAGUCUACCCGCCUGACCUAGGGGCAGUGUAUUGAUUAAUAACUAAUUGACUGCGUUAGGGAGUUGUGUUGAGAUACCCGGAUUCACCUCAGGCUCAUGCAGCGCUGCACUUGUACUGCGUAGGGCCUAAGAGACGACAAAAUUAAAAGAAAGUGGCCUGUAUUCUUAUCGUGCUGAGAUAUGUCCAGAGGACUGUGGAAAGGAGUAGGUUUGGCACCACGGGGAGCAACCACAUGGCAAGUGAGUUGAAUGAUCUGAGAACGACGUUCUAGCUUGCUUCGAUUAUUCAUUGCGUUGUGCUGCGCUGCGCUAUCUCUCGAGAAGCGUGGAUUGGUCUUCAACGAUUGAUCGUUCCCAUAGUGGCUGCAAGAGCAACGAGUUCCAAGGUGAAGGCCAUUUGUAUCCACGCUAUUUCAUUCUGGUGUCGGUAUUUAUGGUGUGAACGUCUGAACCAAGGCAGUCUAAUAAACGCUACCUCUAUGGCUGCGUUCGUGCCUUUCC